AACGCGCGGAGGCGUGGGACGGGAGCGCGCCUGAGGACCCGCGGGCACCCAGGCGACACCCGAGUCGGAGAAGGAGGAAAGCGACUCCGACUGGGGAGAAGGGAGCGGAAGCGGUGGCGGAGGUGACGGGGGGGGAUCGGCGGGGGCGGGGGCGGCACGCGCUCCCCGGCCCCUCGAGCCCCGUGGAAGUGCAACUCGGACGGCAAGGUCCUCAGGAUGCCUGGCCUUGCUGCCAGGAACCUCUCUUUGGGAGGAAGGAAGCAAUUAGCUGUGGACCUGACCCGUGUUCUUCCCCUCUAUGGAUUCAUCCUGGAUGCCUACAUUAUUGAAUUUUUUACAGACUGUUUGUGGGAGAAGCUCCCCAGCUCAUGGCAAGAAGUCCUAGAUGGGCUGACUCCACCCCAGAUUUCUACCAUGCUACUUGAGAUGCCUAGUGCUGGGGAAGAGAUCAGGUACAGAUCAGUGUGGCCACUGACCCUUCUGGCCCUGAAGGCUACUGCCCGUGCCCUGGCCUUUACCCGGACACCUGAGUGCCUGGGCCCAUCGGAGUUCCAGGAGAACCCGAGCCAGAGCUCCCGGCUGGCAGCCCAAUUCCGGAAACAUGUCAAGCCCAAGAAACAACAUGAGAUAAGGCGAUUGGGAGAGCUGGUGAAGAAACUGAGUGAUCUUACAGGCUGCAAUCAAGUAGUGGACGUGGGCUCUGGCCAGGGUCAUCUCACCCGGUUCCUGGCCUUGGGUCUGGGGCUCUCCGUGACUGGCAUUGAAAUGGAUAGGAGACUGGUGGAAAGAGCCCAGCAUCUGGACCAGGAACUCCUUAGUACCCUGAAGAAGGAAGAACGGAGGAAACCACGGAUCAUCCCAGCUAUCUCACACCGCCCCCCAAAUCAUGUUGUUAGCUGGGUAGACCCAGCUGCCUUAUCUCAGGAUCUCCUGUCUCCCCUGACAUCCGAAGCAGCUCAGGCCCCUGCUCGACGCCUGCUCCUGACCGGCCUCCAUGCUUGUGGGGACCUAAGUGUGACGAUACUACAGCACUUUGCUUGUUGUCCUGAGGCAGUGGCUUUGGCAUCUGUGGGCUGCUGCUACAUGAAGCUGACCACCCCUGGGGGCUAUCCCUUAAGCCGCUGGGUUAGUGGACUCCAGGGCCACAGCCUGCCCUACAAGUUCCGAGAGGGUGCCUGCCAUGCUCUGGAGGAAUACGCAGAGCGGCUUCGGGGAGGAGGCCCUACCCUUCGCACCCACUGCUACCGAGCGGCAUUGGAGACGGUAAUCCGGGAUGCACAGCCAGGACUCUGCAGACCCGGGGUGCAAAGCAUCCCAAGGGCCCAUGAGCUGCCCUUGGAAGAGUAUAUUCGGCGAGGGCUGCAGCGGGUGGGACUAGACCCUGGGCUGCCCCUGGACCUGGCUUUCCUGCACUCCUGCAUGGCACAGGAACAUCGGGUAGUGGCAUUCUUCAGCCUAGCGCUGCUGUUGGCACCAUUAGUGGAGACACUAAUCCUCCUGGAUCGGCUGCUUUUCCUCCAGGAACAAGGUUGCCACGCAGAACUUCUCCCUGUCUUCAGGCCUGAACUAUCUCCUCGAAAUUUGGUCUUGGUGGCCACUAAAACCCCACUGGGCCCAGCACUUUCGGACCUGGAAAUCAAGGAAAGCUGACAGUGUUAAGAGAAACAGAGACUCCGAGAUCCUUUAAAACUUUCCACUUUCCCAAGAUAUGUGUGGCCAUGAGAGAGAUGAAGGUCCUGGAGCUAAUUAUCUCUCACUUGGGGAACCACAUCUUUUUACUUUUUGGUCUAUCCGUAUCUCUUCUUGUAUCUUAAAGAUUUUUUUUUUUACUUGUUAUAUAAAAAUGACCCUUCUAAAAAUCAUUUUAAAAAAUUAAAUCCUCCUG